GUGUGUGCUGGCACAGAAAAUAAAUUGAGUUCACUAUCUGGCCUCGAGCAGCAGUACCAGCAACUCCAGAAGAUGUACACGAACUGUGAGAUUGUGAUGGGCAACUUGGAGAUCACAAACAUCGAUGCUAACCGCAACCUCACAUUCCUGAGGUCGAUCCGGGAGGUGACUGGAUACGUUCUAGUGGCUCUCAAUCAGUUUGAGUAUCUUCCUUUAGAAAACCUACGAAUUAUACGUGGCACAAAGCUGUAUGAUGACAAGUAUGCACUCUCGGUCAUUCUCAAUUAUCGGAAGGAUGGAGUUCAUGGGUUGAAACAGCUUGGAUUUAAACAGCUAACAGAGAUUCUGCUGGGAGGUGUGUAUUUGGAAAGCAACAAUUUCCUGUGUCACACACAGGCCAUCAACUGGGCUGACAUUCUUCACAACCCAAAGGAGAGGUUGGACUUCAACGAGACAAAGGAUUCCGUAAAAGGCUGUGCCAAGUGUCAUGCAUCUUGUAAUGGAUAUUGCUGGGGCCCUGGUGAAGAUGACUGUCAGACCUUGACCAAAUCAGUGUGUGCUCCUCAGUGCAAUGGCCGAUGCUUUGGACAACACAACCCCAGUGAGUGCUGCCACAGUGAAUGUGCCGGUGGAUGUUCAGGGCCAAAAGAUACAGACUGUUUCGCAUGCAGGCGGUUUAAUGACAGUAAUGCCUGUGUCCCAGUCUGUCCACAACCAUUAAUUUACAACAAGCAAUCCUAUCAGCUAGAGCGCAACCCAGAUACCAAGUAUAUGUAUGGAGCUUUCUGUGUGAAGAGCUGCCCUGCAAAUUUUAUUGUUGAUCAAAGUUCUUGUGUCCGAGCUUGUCCAAGUGACAAGAUGGAGGUUGAGAAAAAUGGCGUGAAAAUGUGCGAGCCGUGUGAUGGUCUGUGUCCGAAAGCUUGUGCCGGGACUGGAGCUGGGAGUCGAUAUCAGACAGUGGAUUCAAACAACAUCGAUCAGUUUAUCAACUGCACGAAGAUCACAGGAAAUCUUGACUUUCUCAUCACUGGUAUCAGUGGGGAUCUGUAUCACAAAAUUGCACCUCUUGAUCCAGAAAAACUGAAGGUAUUUCAAACUGUUCAAGAGAUAACAGGUUACUUGAAUAUUCAGUCCUGGCCACAAAACAUGACGGAUUUUAGUGUCUUUUCCAAUCUAACUACUAUUGGAGGCAGGACACUUUACAACCGUGGUUUGUCUCUGAUGAUCAUGAAGUUGAAGCAAGUGACAUCUCUUGGGUUUCAGUCGUUAAAAGAGAUUGGUGCUGGACAGGUGUACGUGGCGUUCAAUAAAUUACUCUGCUACUAUCACACAUUGAACUGGACAGCACUAUACAGUCGGAGGACAAUGAUCCCUGAACCCAUCAUCAAGAGAAACAAACCAGAAGCAACCUGCAAGGCUGAGAAAAAGGUGUGUGAUCCUUUGUGUUCCAGUGAUGGAUGUUGGGGGCCAGGCCCAAGUCAGUGUCUGUCCUGUGCCUUCCACAGUCGUGGUGGCACCUGUGUGAAGAGCUGUAAUUUCCAGGAAGGCGACGAGAGAGAGUAUGCUGAUGGCUCCAUGUGUAUGCAGUGUCACCCAGAGUGUAAGAAGAUCGAGGGAGGCCCAACCUGCAAUGGGACGGGACCUGCUCACUGCUUUCAAUGUGCUCAUUACAAAGAUGGACCCAACUGUGUGGCAAAGUGUCCAGAGGGAAUCCAGGGAGAGAGGGGUCUCAUCUUCAAAUACCCAGAUGAGAACAAAGAAUGCAAACCUUGCCAUGAGAACUGUACCCAGGGGUGUAAGGGUUCUACUGUGCUGGACUGUUCUCGCUAUCCUUGGAUGGCUCCCAUCAAAGCAUUACACAAUAGACAAAUCCCUCAGAUUGUGGCAGCAGUGGUUGGAGGGCAGAUGGCUGUGAUGCUUGUGGUGCUGCUGGGCCUCAUUUACUGGAGAAGGCAGAUCAUUCGGAAGAAGAGAGCAAUGCGUCGAUACUUGGAGACUGAGAUACUUGAGCCCCUUGAUCCCAAUGCUGACUCGCCCAAUCAAGUAAACACACGAAUUCUGAAGGAGACAGAAUUGCGGAAAGUUAAGGUUCUGGGAUCUGGAGUAUUUGGAACAGUGUACAAGGGGCUCUGGAUUCCUGAGGGAGAGACUGUGAAGAUUCCAGUGGCCAUCAAAGUCCUGCAGGAAGGGCGUGACUGUGAGACUUCAAGAGGCGUGAGUGAAGACAUGCUGAUGGUGGGCAGUCUAGAUCACCACCAUGUUUUACGGCUUCUUGGAAUCUGCCCUGGGGAACCACUCCAGAUAGUCACGCAGCUCCUGCCACUUGGCUCUCUGCUUGAAUAUCUCCACAAAAACAAGGGUAACAUCCAAUCUCAGCUGCUUCUCAACUGGUGUGUUCAGAUUGCCAAGGGUAUGAGAUAUCUGGAGGAGAAGAAGAUGGUACAUCGGAACCUGGCCGCCAGAAACGUACUGGUAAAAUCUCCCAGCCAUGUUCAAAUCACAGACUUUGGCAUCACCAACCUCUUGGCAUUAGAUGAGAAGAAGUAUUUCUUCGAUGAAGUGAAGAUGCCCAUUAAAUGGAUGGCACUAGAGAGCAUUCACUUUAGAAGAUACACCCACCAAAGUGAUGUGUGGAGUUAUGGCGUCACUGUUUGGGAGUUGAUGACAUUUGGUAAUAAACCAUAUGAAGGAAUUGCCGUUCGUGAAAUCCCUGGUCUCUUGGAGAAAGGCGAACGCCUGCCGCAGCCUCAGAUCUGUACCGUUGAUGUCUACAUGGUCAUGGUGAAAUGCUGGAUGAUCGACGAAGACAGUCGCCCAACGUUCAAAGAGCUUGGCGCAGAAUUUUCCCGGAUGGCUCGCGAUCCGGCUCGAUACUUAGUUAUUGAGGGUGAUGACCGGGCCAGCAAUACACAUGUUGGUGAUCAGAGGAUUCUACGUGAAUACGAGGAAGACCUGAUGGAUUAUGAUGACCUUGAUGAAGAUUUGAUGGCAACCAUAAUGGAUAACCCAACAUCUGCAGGAGUUAGACUAAGAAUUGAAUCCAACAGGAGUAACAGUUUGCCAGCAGGGUACAUGCCAAUGAAUGGGAUUGGUCCAAAUGGCUCUCGACAGACUGGGAUGAGGAAUGGAGAUCUGGGGUCAAAGCGCUCCCUGAGGAUACGGAAUGAGUCUACAACUCGAACUAUCUCAGAGUCCUCGGAAGGUCGAGGUACAGCAUCUUCACUUGAUCUAUAUGAAGACAUAUCUUUGAACGGAACACUCCAGCUCCGUGGCCACCGCUCAAGGGAUAGCAGUGCACGUUUCUCCAAUGGCACAAACAUGAUAAUUUCCCCUUCUGAUGAAGCAGAGGUGGACAUUAAUGGCUAUGUGAUGCCAGAACAAAGAAACUCUACAGCUGAGAGUCUGAUGAGGUCUGCCAAUGAAGUCGAUUCCUUGAAUAACAAAGUCAGCGAUGUGAAUAAUACCCAGUCACUCGAGAGUCAAAAAGAAUCUGACUCGAAACCAAGUGAUCAGGAAUAUGAGUACAUGAACAAACAGGCCUACCUCAACGGCUGUGUGAGCGUCGUGCAGAACCCUGAAUAUCUGGAUGACAGUUCUGUCUUUGUUACUGAGGGUGACAUUCAUGCCUUUGAUAACCCAGACUACUGGCACAGCAGUCUCCCAGCAAAGUCAGAAAUAAAGAGGACAUAAAGGAUCCUAUUUAGAGAGCUAACAUACAACAAGCAAAAUAAGUUGAUUUCUGAACUUUGAAAUGUAGGUUGUGGGGGAGUGGGAAGAGGAAAGAAAAUACGAAAUCCUAAAUCUCUGAAUCAGAAGUGUUUACGUUGUAACUAAAGAUAAAGACUGUUUUACUUAUUUUCAUUGUGUGUAAUGCCAUCCAGUUUGGAUCCUUACAUGAUGUACAGUGAUGCUGACCCAUACACCUACCAUUAUGUCAGUUUUCUCUCUCUUUCUCUCACAUGCACUAGUGAAUGUCCAGGAAUAAUGUUGCUGUGUUUUAGUCAUGGGAUGAGAGAGCUGUGUUUAAACCAGAUACCUGCCAAACAUGCAAAUGUUCAAUGCAUCUUGUUGCAUAUCUUCAUGAAACAUGGAGUAAACUCACCAAACAAUCCUUUAGUUAGUAGAGCUUCCUAUCUCUUGCCUUUGACAUGCAGUAGGGGGAAGGAAUGCUUUUGUGUCACAAGAUUUGCCCUCUCGUGGAAUACAUGAAGAUUGUGAGGCUCAUCUUGGGGGGAAAAAAACUCUGCAAGACCCAUUAAGUGAAGCUAUUAACUGGCUUGUGAUCAGAGGUUAAUACUUGGUAAUUUGGUACCAAUUUUAUUUUUCUGGAACUAUGUUUUCAAAUGUUUAUUGUGUUUUAAAGUGCUUAGCUCUGAAAUGGAUCUUUUUCUCCAAAUUGUUUGAUUAUCACUCAUCCAAAGCAGAGGCCAUAUGAGCAGUUUGGGAAGAUGGGUGACAUCAUGGCUAAUUCUGUAAUUUGGAGGGAGAAUAUAAAAUACGUUGAAAAUUAUUCUGAAGGGCAAGGUGGAAAGAGACCUUUCCUUCUCAACUCCACUCUCUACCUCAUGGCUGUGCUCAAAUUAUCAGUCAGGAAGGGAAGGGUUGAUUAUAUUCUUCGUGGAGCAGCCUGGUCUUUCAGUUAGCCAUGCAUGUUAUGACACAAGAAACUGGGAGCAUAUCACAUUUUCAGGAAGUUUCAGAAUGACUUCACAAUUAAAAUAAUUACACUUUUAACACUUCAAAUUUAAAGGCAGUAAAAGUGAAUGGAGAUGUGGGCUCAGACUCAUUGUUGAUUCUGUGGAACAAACUGGUCCCUUUGCCAAAUUUUGUAAGAAUUUUGGUGGUUUCACUAUUGAGCCAAUAAUUAGCCUCAGUCUGGCUACAAAUAAAACUCUAGAAUAAAGGGUCAUUUCGAUAGCACUGCAUGUCAUAUCAUUCUGUCGUUAGAAGUCCAAACCUGGAUCUUUAAUAGCUCAUUUUGUUCUCAAAGUUUUAAGAGGUGUUUUUGAUGAAUGUGAUUCUACAGUUCUUGUUGAAUUCCAUAAUUGUUUAAUAAGUAGUAUGAAGUCUUAUUUGUUCCUCAAAUGUUCCUCUAUUUGAGCAGUGUGUUUCUAACAUCUAUUAAUGAAGUCACUAUAAUAUGGACUGAUUUCACUGCUUUUAACUACUCUCCAACAAAACAUCCUCUGUGAUUGUAUCUGAUUAUCAUACACAGUAGUGAGAGAAAUUCGACAUUUUUGUGUGUACAUAAAUGAAAAGCUGGGAUACUUGAAGAUAAUGAUGUGUGAUCAGUGUUUUAAAAAGUAACCCUGAUAGGGACUAAAGAUCACAAGCCAUUGAUCUAGGAACCUGUUAUGAAUAGUCAUGAAUUAAGUCCUAUACUGUAUGUUCUUUACUUGCCUUUCACAAGUGAAGCAGCAGUGACAAGUAUACGAGCCAAUUUGUCUCAGACUCCUUUGGGUGUUAUUUGAAAGGGAAAGACUAUGACCAAUUCAUAGUCAAAUUUCAAAUUUAGCACCUAUCAAGGUGUCUUACAUAAUCAAAUUUUUAAUAUAUUUUCUCUUUCAUUCAGGUUAUGGUGUACAGUAACACAAAAAUGACCAUUUUUCAUGUGUGAGAAAAUGACUGAUAUAUUGAAGGAUGAUUCUACACAGGUCAUAGUAAUCCCAUCCUCACCUAGAUUGUCUUAUUUGUGCAUGUACCAGCAAGGCAAUGGUGGGGAGGGGUCACCGGAUGGCAAUAAACAGUGAGAAACCUGCAUGUUUUUUAUCUACUGUCUAGCCCAGAGCUGCUGCUGCCAUUGCAGAGAUCAGCUAAUUCUGUAUUUUUCCUCUUGUGCACUGCAUGACAAUGUACAAACAGAAGGUGCCUUUUUCCACGAAACUGUUGAGGGAGCGAAAUGAUUUUGUGUUCAUCUUUUCUCCUCCCUAUUCUGUCCUGAUAGCACUGCCUGUUGAUUAGGGGACAGCAUCAACAAGAGCUUGUCACUUUCAGUACCUUGCUCAAAUACCCCUUCUUGUGUGUGUGGAUAUAAGUGGGCCCAAGAAGAACUUGACCAGGCUUUCCAUUCCUUAUCACUAUUUCUAGUGCCUCCUACUGGAAAAUGCGUGCUCGUGUGUGAAUUCCAGAUACGAACGUAAUUGAGCUGAGCUUUGAUUACUUGUUUUAUCUGGACUCUCAAAAGGAAAAAUUGCUGCUUGAGUGAAAUACUGAAGGGUAGCUAAACCCCAUGACUAAGCAGUGCCUUCAAGAAAGGAAGGGACAAAAUGGUGAUGAGCAAAAGUUUUUUUUUCAAAAAAGAGUGCUUUGCUGCUCACAGUUUGCAACAUGUUUGAAAGGGGUGUUUCAUGUCACUUAACCCUGUGAUUACUUAAAAUCCACUGUGCCUUGAAGUACAUAAACCUGUUCUAAUACAGUACCGACAGGACUGAUUUCCUUUUCGGAGACAACAAUGCUUAAUAUAUUAAGCAAAUUGUAAUGAAGAACACCAGUCAAAUAAACCUUUUAAUUAAUAGUCUAUUUUUUAAAGAUCUAUCAGCAUUGAAGUGAUUGUUUUUUCAGAGUAUCAGUUUGUGACCGAUGAGUAGCUGAGUAUUAAAUGCAAAAAACUGAUUGUAGUAUGAAAUGGGGGAGACAGGUAGAUUAUCUCUUCCUUGUUAAUAUCCAUAAGAAUAGUUUCUUAAUUUCUGUGUACUUAAUGCUGUUUUUAUACAAUUUUAAGGGACUGGUUGAAAACGCUGGAGUGUUCCGCCCUUUUUGUGAAAGUCAAAUAAAUAUUUGUUUUUAAAAAAAAUCUGUACUAGUUUUCA